AUGCCGGAAUCCGACAAAAUCCUAUCCGAACCACGCCGUAUUAUGAUGGAAUCCUGGUGCCCGAAUUCUGUGUCGGAUGAUGUCGGUUCAGAACGCGUUUUAAAUUGGUUUGAUGAAGUUCAAAAAGCAAAAGAACAAAAGCGUCAGCCAAGUUUAUGGCGUGCAACAGUGAAACUAAUGGGAUUUAGACCAUUAUUGAUUGGUUUAUGGUUUAUACCAUAUAAAUUACUAAGAACAAUCAAUCCGUUAUUAUUAGCAUUUUUACUACCAUAUUUUUUACCGUGUACAACAAUGUCAGCAUUAACAGCCUGGCUGUUAGCUACUGGUAUAGUUUUUUGUUCAGCAAGCAGUUCAGUUCUUUAUCAUUCAUUUUUUUACCGUAUGCAACAAUGUUCUAUGCAACUCAGAAUAGCUUAUACUGGAAUUAUUUACAAAAAACUUUUACGUUUAUCGAGUCAAUCAAUGAAUAAAACAAGUACAGGCCAAAUUACAAAUCUUUUAUCGAACGAUGCUAAUCUGAUUGAAACAGCUCUGCUAUUUAUGAAUUUCUUAUGGAUGUCUCCAUUAGGAAUUGUUUUUGUGGUGAUUACUUUAUGGUAUUUUGUUCGUUAUAUUGCAUUUAUUCCAGUUGGUUACACAUUAGCUUUGCUUUGUUGGCAGUUUGUUGCUGGACGAUUAUUUGUAAAAAUUCGAUCAAAAAUACUUCAGACCAUAGAUGAACGUCUUAAAGUAAUGUCGGAAAUAAUCAGAUCGAUGAGAAUUGUAAAAAUGUACUGUUGGGAAGCGUCUUUUGAGCACAAAAUUAAAGAUGUACGAAAACGAGAAAUCAUUCGAUAUUCUUAUCGUUUAAUAUUAGAUUGUGUGCAAACACUGUUUAUUCAUACAUAUGUUGAUAUGGCGUUUUUAUUAAUGUAUGGUACAAUGUGGUAUUUAAACAUGGCAUUCGAUACAAAAUAUUUCGCAGUUGCUUAUUGUCUAUUGGCUUAUUUGAAAUGGUCUGUGGCAGAGGUUUUUAGUUAUGCAGUUAGAAAUCUUGUAGAAUAUUUAUCAGCUAGAAAACGAAUUGAAACAUUCUUAUUACUUUCCGAAUCAGAACGAGAUGUUCGUAUUCGGUCUCUAUCAUCCGUUCAAACUGUUUUAUUCGAUAACUCUUAUAUGCUUGCCAGUGAUUGUAAAAAACAAUCAGAAUCGUCUAGUAUAUACUGUGAUCUAAAAGUAGCUAAGUGGGAAACGGAUGUCCCAUUUACUUUAAAAAAUAUUGAAAUCAAUGCUCAAUCAGGCGAUAUAAUAGCUGUCAUCGGUCCUGUGGGUUCUGGGAAGAAAGCUCGUGUUAAUAUGGCUCGUGCAUUAUAUCAAGACGCCGAUAUUUAUUUAUUAGAUGAUCCACUCUCAGCUGUUGAUGUGAAAGUUGGAAAGCAUUUGUUUGAAGAAUGCAUUAAAGGUUAUUUGAAAUGUAAAGUUUGUAUACUAGUUACUCAUCAAAUUCAAUAUUUAAAAGAUGCAACAAAAAUUAUUGUUUUGAAUAAUGGUGAAGCUGUUGCUCAAGGUACAUAUGAAGAAUUAUUGAAAUCAUCUAUUUCAUUCGCUAAAUUACUCGAAGAUAUCCAUCAACAUGAAAUUAAUACACCCGAUGGAGACGAGAAAAACAAGCUCAAUUUAUCAAUAGAUGAUUUAGACAAAAGAACUGAAAAUGAUCUUCUAUUACGUACUCAAAGCAGUAGAACGUCUAGAGAUGAGACACAAAAUAAUCAUCAACCUACUGAAACAAAAGCAACUGGUGUUGUUAAAUGGCAUGUGUUUUUGGAUUAUUUUCGAGCAAGUGCAAGUUUAAUUUUAGUAUUUUUGCUUAUGUUUAUUGUCUUUACGUCUCAACAAGCCAUUGCUGUUUUUUCAAAUUGGUGGUCCAAUGAAGAACAAUUACGUCAUGAACAUCCAAAUGGCACUUGUGGUUCAAAAUUUAAAUCACAAAUUCACUCAAUGUCUAAUAAUGAAUGGGAACUAUAUCGAAAUAAAAAAUUUUAUAUCUAUAGUGGUACUGUUGCCGUUUUAUUUAUAAUAACAUUGAUUCGUGUGAUAUCAACAGAAUUUCUGUGCAUUAAUGCUGCAAGAAUAUUGCAUAACCGGUAA